AGAAAUCGAAAACCCCCAAAUCAAAACAAACACUACUCCUCUAUCUCCUCUGUUUUCCAUCUCCGAUCUCCCUUUCUCCGUCGGAGAAAGAGGAAAAGAGGAAGAAGAAAACCGCAACAGCCUGCGGCAAUGGCUUCCGGAUCGGCCGCGGCGGACGGGUUCUUCAGGAAUUGGGUCUUCGAAGGCUCGCUGUCGGGCGCCGACUACGGGAUCGAGCGGCGGCCGUACCACCGCAACUGCAAGUGCGCGCUCCACGAAAAAUCCCGCGACGGCGGCGGAGGCGGAAGUUGCGGGAACUGCAAGAACACCGUCUCCUACAAGAUCCGCCGCUCCUGGAGCGAGGGCUCCCUUGCUCUGGCGUCGGCGGCGACGUCCGGUGCUGGAUCCGGAUCGUCCCCUUCGUGUUCGUCCAAUUCGUCUCCUCACGCCGCCGGGCACGGACUUCCUCCAUCGCCGUCGUUGCAGGCCCUCGCGCGGAGUAUGAGCAGAGACGAUCUUGCGUCUUACUCCGGGAGCAGAUGAAAGGCGGAAGGAAGAUCGAGAUCUGCCGUCUCCGGCCAGCUGGAAUCAAAUCAAAUGUGGGAAUCUAAUUUAGAAGGAAAUGUAAAAAAAAGGAAAAAAAAAAGAGGAAAGUUACAGUUUGGUGCUUGUCUUCUCUCUUCGUUGCUAAUCCGGUCCUUGAUCUUUUGUAGAGGGGAAAAAUUGCAUAAAUGUCAGGUGUAGACAGUAGGGCUCUGUUUCUCUGUUCUGGCCUUAAUUAGGUGUUGGUGUUGUUAACUCUGUUCGUUCAUUGUUAAUAUAAGUACAUGGGACUCCUUGUUAUCUCUGCCAUAGCAGCAUACAUUACUCGUUGAAUUACGUCGAAAAGCUCGAAUUCGCGCCGACUGAUUGUUCGAAUGAGUAUAGCUAAUGUAAGUUCUUCAUAAUGAUCUUGGGAUUAACAUCACAUGAUGGAUGAUUAAUGGUCACUGUUGAUUAAUUAGUAGGGUGAUUAGUGGUUUAAUUAUGGUUUAAGGGCAGAGGAUGGGGAGCCACACUGCUCACUAGCCAGCCAGAGCCAGGCUAAUCCCAGCUGCUGGAGGGAAGAUGCUUGCUUAAUAGCGUAUUCUACGUGUUGGUGGUCGGCUGCCUACUUCCUUUUUCCUUCUUUUAUCCCGUUGGAAGGAAAAUCUUCGACCUAGAUUUCGUUGUAGUAAACAAAAUUUACAUUUGUUCCUCUCUGCUCUUUUUAAGCGGCGUUGGAGGAGUAUGAGAGAUGAGAGGUAUUAGAUCAUUUCCGACUUUUGUAGUAGGUUCUUGGUUGUUUAAGUCAAGUAUAAUAAAUCGAAACCAUAUCU